CCGACUGCGUUGAACUUCAUCAUGUGGAAGCUCAUGCUCACUUUCGUUGUACUGAUCGCUAUGACAGCGGCGACCAGCCCUCCUGUACAGUGUCCGCCUAUUUGUUUCAUGUGGUGUUCGACUGGCAACGUGCGCGACCAAAACGGAUGUGAGCUGUGUAUGUGCCGUCCAGCACCUAAUGACGAUUUUAGUGUGUGCCCGCCACAGUGUCGAAUGGGUUGCGCUUAUGGGUUUGUACGAGACGAGAACAACUGUGACAUCUGCCAGUGUCGAGAUCCUCCACCUGGCGGGUACCAAUACCAGCAGAAAUAAAUACCAGAGCCACGUAAUCUCCAUUAAACCCACGUCUAAUUUAUUUUCUGUACAGAUUUACAGAUAAAUAAAAAAAAUCAAG